UGGAAAUACUCAAGUAAACAACAAGUACCUCAACAAUGCACUUGAGUAAAUGUACUUAAUUACUCUCCACCGCUGUCUCGGGAUGAUUUAAUAUUAUUUUCCCGAAGAUAGAAACCUUGAUGAGCUUAUUUUCGGUUUGCAGGCAGCUUCCUCUUUCUGGAGCUGCCACGGUUUCUUUCCUGUGAAGCUGGAUAUCACAUGUGCCGCUGGGCGUGUGUUAGCUUACACAGGGGUCCGUCUAAUAACUGGACCAACUCUCACUGACCACUCAGUGUGUGCGAACAAGUCAGCCCAAACCACGCACAGAGAGAAAUGACGUGAACACGCCUUUAUUUAAUAAGCACUUAUGUAAACACUGCUGACAAUAAGUAGCUGUUAUUGAGGUAGUCGACUUGCUAUCGGUUAUUUCUAGCAAAGUUCCAGAUAAUAGCCAAAUCCUUGAAGAUAAAACGUUGGCUAACGUCAGCAGUCGGUCCUGUGCUGAGUUAAAGUUGGCAGAUGAUGUUCAUACACUUUAAUAAAACACCUGUAUCCGUGUCUCGGGAGCUGGUCGGUUAGAUACGUCACAUAAUCUACGUGUCUUCUGGUUAUUAAGUGGUUCGUUAGCUAGCCGUAUCCACGCCGCGCUUCGCACAGCGCGUCACACCAAACUCCGUUUCAAACUGCUCAGAUUUAAGCGGGGCUCGUCUCGGAGUUAACGGUGUGUUCAGUAACUAUGGAUGUCAGGACCCGCUCCGGCCCGGAGAGGCGGCACCGCAGCCCGGCGGGCCUGUCCGGCUCCCCGCCCGGGCCUGUCCGGCUCCCCGCCCGGGUCAGCACCCGCUCCGGCCCGGAGAAGCGGCUCCGCUCAGGUCUGAUUCACUCGUCUCCUCCGAUCAGCUGAUGAUGAAACGUGUCUGCUGCUGGAAGCAUUGAUCUGAUCAUUGAUCCAGAGGAACUCUUGGUCUCCUGUCCUGGUUCGAGUCCUCAUGAGAUCCACUUUCAUCACAGCGUUUGAUGGUUUUUGUGACGGCACUUGAAGAAACUUUCUGGGUUUUUUGUAGUUCUCCAGAUUGACUGACCUUCAUGUCUUAAAGUAAUGAUGGACGUGGUUUGUCUUUGCUUCUCUGAGUGGAUCUUGUCAUGAUACGGAUCAUUACAGUAGUGGAACAGAGCUGUUGGCUGUGUACUAACACGACCUCGACUCAAUAGAACUGAAGGCAUCAAGGCAAACAGCAGCUUCUCUGAGGAAUCUAAAAUAUGAAAUAUUUUGAUUUGACAUGAUUGCAUAUGUGUUAUUGUCUAGUUCUGAUGUCUUCAGUUGUUGUUUUACAAUGUAGAAAAUAGUAAAAAUAAAGAAAAAUCCUCCCGCUGGAACUAAACCUGUAAACUCUCUACUAUACCCUGAUGCUCAUCAUGAGCCGAUCUCUGAGGGGCUUUAGGACCAUGAGGACGAAAUCUCUGCUGCUAUUCACCAUGUACACGCGCGCGCACACACACACACCUCCUCUGUAUUCAGCACAUGCCUCCUCCUCCGUGUAUAAACCCUCUCAGAGAAUCAUCCUCCGACCAGACGGACACCUGCCUGUCCGCCUGCCUCUCCUCUCGUUCGGCUCUUCUGUCCUCUUAAAGCAGCUCCGGACCUUCACCGAGACCUUCUGGGCUCUCUACGCGGCACAGAGCGCACUAGGGCGGCUGAAGGACGGAGGAGGUGUCGGUGUGAAGCCUGGAUGGACGGAUGGACGGAUGGAUGCAGAGUUUCAUGUCUCACCUUGGGAGGAGAGUUCAGCCUGCGAUGCCUGACCCCUGACCUCUGACCUCUGACCCCUCUGAGACACCUCUGCAGAGAAGGAGGAGGAGGUGCGACCAGUGGAGCUCUGAGGAGGGAUGGAGGGAGGAGGAGAGGAGGCUGAAACUUACUCUGGACUGAGGAGAGCCUCACCGAGUGGAGGAGGAGGAAGAGGAGGAGGAAGAGGAGGAGGAAGAGGAGGAGGAGGAGACGUCUGCAGACAAAAUGGCCUCAUCAACACCCGCAGCCAGGGGGCGGAGCCUCGAGAGGCGCUGCAGUCGAUGUACUCUGCUCCUCAGUAUCAGGGUCGUGUGGUGGUGAGCGCCCCCCCUCAGCAGGAGCUCGGCGGGUGGAGCGGAGGGGGAGGAGGUGGGGGUCCUCCUCAGCUCCUGAACCCCAGCGCGCUCCUCCUCCACCAGGCGGCGGACCCCCACCUCAGACCCGCCCCCAGCCUCCUGCUGUGCCCAGAGAGCAUCCUGCGGGCGUGGGGGGAGGCCGGGGUCAGCGACUGCUGCGAGACCACCUUCAUCGAGGGCCUCACUCCGGAUGUCUCCUCCUGCUCCUCCUCUGCCGCCGCCGCCGCUGCUGCGACCACGAAGGAGGCGGCGCUGCUGUUUGCUGACGGGAAGUUUCUGGACUUUUCCAGAGAGGAUGCAAAGAUUCACACGCUGUCGUACGACAUCGACGAUGACGACGAGUUCCAGGAGCUCGAGAGUGACUACUCCAGCGAAUCAGAGAGCGAGGACGCCUUCCUGCUGAUGCCUCCCAGAGAUCACCUGGGCCUCAGCGUCUUCUCCAUGCUCUGCUGCUUCUGGCCGCUUGGCAUCGCCGCCUUCUACCUGUCGCAUGAGACCAAUAAGGCGGUGUCUAAAGGCGACUUCCACCUGGCGAGCUCCAGUUCGAGGCGGGCUCUCUUCCUGGCUGUGCUGUCAAUCACCAUCGGGACGGGUAUCUAUGUGGGCGUGGCUGUGGCGCUCAUCGCCUACCUGUCCAAGAACCACCACUGGUAGCGGAAAAUCACCCAUCAGCCACUGGGAGCAUGAUGUUUUUACGUUCAGCUGCAGUCCGGCUCUCAGGUGAGCGUUUCCUCAGCAGACAGCGUUCAACACAAACACGCGCUGUGUUUGUACAGGAAGUGCCCGCUGUCAGCAGGUGACUCUGGAACCUGAAACCUUUAAACCAAUCAGAUCACAGGAUCUCUGCGAGGAUUUUUAAAGUCUGAUGGGAUCCAGUUUCCUGUGAAGGACAGUUUCAGUUUGAUUUUCUUUAUUUCCAUCAAUUUAAUGUUAAAUCAGACAAAAUCUGUUUUAAAAUGAAAGAUUUUACAUUUUAUUAUCUGGUAAAUCAAAAUUUGAG